GUGUAUAUAAUUAAACCAUUGAAGUUAACUUGUUACUAAAUGAAUGAAACUGAAAGUGAAAAAAAUAAAAGAAUUGAAGAAAUUUGUCACGAAGAUUCUUACAAACAAUAUUUAAGUUUAGUUUCUGAGGACAUAAAUGAAAUGUUUGAGUUUUCGGCGCCUAUAGUUCGUAACCCACAUUUUAAUCCAUUACAAUCCGAAACGGAACCAAGCGCUCCCACUUACCCCGAUCUCUCCACACAAGACCGUACGCCCCCAGCAGAAAUCCCAUCCACACAAACAGAAGAUGAUCUGUGGAAGAAAGAAAAACACGACGAACUUGUCAAGAUAGAGGACGAGAUCGACACUUUGCGACAAGUGCUCACAGCUAAAGAACGAGAAGCAUCAGAGUUGCGUAAACUGCUUGGUUUGACUCCACUUGGAAUAUUAAAGGCUGACAUCAAUAAGAUACAAAGUUCACAAGCAUACCAAUCCACAAGUGCUAAGGUUCAUGGUUUGGCAACUGAUGUUACAUCAUCUGAAUAUUAUAAGAAGACGGUUGAAACGUUGAAAUCUGCUGAGCAAGCCACGGCAUCCGCGUUUAGUUCACUUGGGUCAUCUAUGUCAAUGAAGUUCUCUGAGAUGAAAAAUUCUCCAACUUACAAAAGUUUUGAAGAAAAAGUUGAAGGAGUUGGGUCGACAAUCAUGGCCAAAGUGUCAGGAACACCCCGGGAAACCCCCGCAGCCACCCCUGAUGAAACCCCCCAAGCCCCAAUUACCCAACAACCCCAUGCAGGAGACGACUUACCCAUGUAGGGGUCACCCUGAUCUUUGGAUCCCUGUUUUGUAUAACUUGCAAUAUUUAACCAUCGGGUGUGCCCGCUGCAGGGACUUGACAUUAAACCCCUCGCUUUAAAAUUUGACCCCUCGUUUUUUGGGCUUUGACCCCCCCCUAUUUUGACCCUUUUAACUGCUUGCUUAUAGAAUUAACGCUUCAUCGAGUUUAAUCAACUUAUUCCAUCUGCUAGGUGGUGUGUGUUGACAAUAUUGCGUAGAACUAGAUUGUAUAUUAUGUGUAGUUUGUUGUACAAGUGUUUAUUGAACAUUAUUAAGGAUAACUCGUUACAAAUGAACAUAGAUAUCAUAUUACGGAUCCAUCUGGAAGUUUUUGACGUUGGUUCGCGUGAAUUCCUCGUUUAAUUAAAAGUUUUAUCAUCGGU